ACUUCCAACGUAAAAAAGAAGAAAAGAAAACCAGUUCACCAGCUGGCUCGCUCCUCCCUCCUAUCGAACCGCAAACCCUAACCUCCCAAUCGCCGCCACCCGCCGGCGGAGAUCGAAUGAUGGCGAGGGGCCGCCGCGGCCCGGGCGGGCGCGGGAGGUUCGCCGGCGGGCCUCGGGGCGACGAGCGGCUGCCCCGUCACGGCACUCGCGUAGAUGAGGACCCAUACACUCCGCCCCCGCGGCGGGCGUCGGGCUGGGGCGUGGCGCCUCCGUCGAGGCAUCUUUGGGUGGGCGGCCUGGCGCCCGUCGUCACGGCGUCCGACCUGUCGGAGCUGUUCCUUCGGUGCGGCGACGUGGACGGCGUCGUCCGCGAGCCCGGGCGGAACUUCGCGUUCGUGAGCUUCCGGCGGGAAGGGGACGCCGUGGCUGCACUGCGGGAGCUGCAGGGGGCCCGCCUCGCCGGGGCGCCCGUUAGGAUCGAGUUUUCCAAGGGGGAUAAGGCUUCAGGUAGCUCAAUGGAUGAAAGAUAUACACAGUAUGUUGAUGAGCGAUAUUCUAUUGAACGUGGAAGAAAACGGCAACCUAGUCCUGAAAACACAAUAGAUAAAUCUAAAAGAAGUAGGUCUUCAGAACCUAGUGAGGUGUUAUGGAUAGAUUUUCCUCCUGGAUUAAAGGCAGAUGAGGCACUUCUAUGGGAAGCCUUUUCACCUUUUGGGGACGUUGUCAGGGUAACAACAUUCCCAGGCCGUACAUACGCAUUUGUUCAGUACACUAGUAUUGCAGCAGCCUGCAGAGCAAAAGAGGCACUUCAGGGGAGGCUUUUCAAUAAUCCUAGAGUAAGCAUAUGCUUUUCUAGAAAUGAAGGUGCUGCACCAGAAGUUGGGAAACAAUCAUUUGUUGCCCCAUAUUCACCCCAACCUAGUGCUCGGCCUGUCUUCAGAGACCAAGACUUUGAAGCCUUCCCUAGAGCUAGGCCUUUUGAUAGCCCUCCGAGAGAUCUACGCAUGUCAUCACCACAUUUUGGCCCAAACAGGUUAUCAAGAGAUUCAGAUGAUGUGGGAUUCUGCAGUGAUAAUUAUUUUCAACAAGAAACUGGAGUAGAGCUUGGCUGUGUUUCUAAUAUGAAGCCUUUUAGAAUACGAGAGCUCGGUCCAGAAAGAAGGGUGCAUGAGGAAUUGUAUGAUCCCAAUACCGGAAGCACUACUGCUAGGAGUGAUGCGCAAUGGCACAACAUUCCUUUUGAGAGACAUCGGAGACCCUUACUGUUGGAAGAUUCUAGGGAUGUUAAAGACAAUUCAUACCUUAUUUCAAAAAAGCUGAGGUGUGCUGAAGUGCAUGAUACUGAACUUCCUGAAUAUCAUUUCUCUGAAUUUGAUCAAGGAAAGGUUCUCCCUGACUACCCAAGGAGGCCUCAUUAUGAUCUGCCAGAAGAUGAUUUACGCUCUAAAAUCUAUCCAUUUACUUCUAUGCGUAGUAGACAUCACAUUGAUCCUUUAAAGAAUUUAACUACACCUGUAGAUAAACAUGAACCAUGGCAUGCUCAAGAGGGUUUUGCUAGGCAUUUAGGAGAAAUGGAUAGGUUGACUCCUGAAUAUCAUGAACCUGUUCUUAAGGACGAAUGGAAAUGGAAUGGUACAAUAGCAAAGGGAGGCACACCAAUCUGCCGAGCUCGAUGCUUCCCUGUUGGGAAGGUCCUUGACUUCAUGCUGCCUGAGUUUCUGGAUUGCACUGCUAGGACAAGUCUUGAUAUGCUUUCGAAGCACUACUAUCAAGCUGCUGGCAGCUGGGUGGUAUUUUUUGUUCCAGAAAAUGAUGCGGACAUGGCAGCUUAUAAUGAUUUCAUGAGUUACCUUGGUGAUAAGCAGCGUGCAGCAGUUUGUAAGCUUGGAGAGAGGAGCACCUUGUUUCUUGUUCCACCUUCAGAUUUCUCUGAGCAAGUACUGAGAGUGCCUGGAAAAGUCAGCAUAUCUGGAGUCAUUCUGAAGUUUCAGCAGUCAAAUCCUGAUUAUAACUCGCUAAAUCGCAGAUCGUUGGAGCAAAUUCACCCACCUUCUGCAAGUAAUCUGAACACUGAUGUAAGCAGUCGCGAAGAUCUGAAUGUACUGAGAAGACUCAAUGCACCAGAUAUCAGGACAUUCCCACAGGGUCCAGAUUAUGUCUUCUCAUCAGGUGGAAGUUAUACCCCAGCAAAUGCAGAUAUUAUUUCGCCUUACAAGCCAGAGAGUGCCCCAUAUUUUGUCCCUCAAUUACCACAUGAACGGCCACCAGCUGACCACCGCGUGGGUAUAGCAGAAGACCAACAUCAGCAACUCCCAAACAGAUUGCCCUCCGGAUGGCCCAAUAUCAUAAAUGAUCCAAAUCCAGGUUCUGGUAACUUCAGUUCUUUGGCCCAAAGUGCAAUCUCACAUGCUCCAAAUAAUAGGACACAGGAGCCAUACACAUUUGCUACUCAAGGUGUACCAAAAGGGUCAGCAUCAGGGUAUACACCAGGUGAAGCAUCCAACAGCAUGUCCUGGCCUUCGAUGCAACCAAACUCACAGCAGGUAACUAUACCUGAUCAACCUACUAUUCCAGUAUCACUGCCACCAGAUCAACUUGCGCAGCUGGCUGCCCUUCUUGCACAACAAAACCAACCUGGAAAUGCUGGCUUACCUAUGGACAGCUCAAACAAUCAAUCUGGAUUCAUACAGAAUUCCAAUCCUCAUGGACAUGCUAUGAUGAUGCCAGUCAACUCUGGCCCCAUCCCUAUCCAGAACUCACUGCCACCUUUUCCACCAUCUAUGUCACAGCUACCUGCUCAUGUGCCACCAAUACAACAUCCAGCCAGUGCUCCUAUACUCUCUAACACCACUUUGUCGAUACCACCCAUGCAUGCCAUGGUGAACCCGGCUCAUUCUUCGAUGCCAAUGAGACCCUUCGUUCCUCCACUUCCUGAAGGUCCUCCGCCCUUUCAGCAGAACACAUCCAGUGCUCCCACAGUACAACCUUUAGCUCCUCCUGGUCAGCAGCCUAGCCAACAACAGUCUACUCAGGAAGACAUUGAUGGAGAUCCUCAAAAGCGCCUUCAAGCAACAUUGCAGUUGGCAGCAACCUUGCUUAAGCAGAUUCAAAAUCAAUCAAACCCUGGUCCCCAGAAAUAGAUGCAAGGCUUGCAUGACUUGUUUCGUCAGGCCCAUUUGGAAUUGCGACUAAGCCUUUGGUUGUGGUUUUGGAAAGCCUUGGUAUCAUGCUGGGAUCAAUGGCCAUUGUGCUGUAGAUAUAUUGUUUACAUACCAAUCCAUCUUCGGUGUUUGUUUCAAACUCUCGUACAAUCUCAGGUCCUUUUUAUUUUAUGUAUGCCUGUCUGUCAGAAGGUAACAAAGGCCCUUGUUCCAUUGACGCUGCUUUAGUAUGCCAGCAAGGGUGGAUACAGCUUUGCAAUUCCUGCUGAUUAUUGGAGCUGUUUGCACCUAUGGGACAUGCAUGAUCUUUGAAUCCUGGCUGUACUGGGAUGCCUAAGCUAUGUUCGAGAUUCAGAGCAGGCAGUUCUUUUGGUUUUUUAUUUUAAUCCCCACUCAGCUUUCACCUUUGGGGGUCACUGGGUGUGUGCUGUGUGCUGUGUGCUGUGCAUAUGAUGGCGGCACUUGUUUCAGUGCCGCAGUAGCUUUAUGCCGCCCCUGCCAUCGAUGGUCUUGUCUGCUAAAGAAGGCAACAUAGGCGGUUGUUAUCAUCAGUGAUGGCCUGCUAAAAGUUCGGUUUCAUGAGCUGAGUGGGCAUGAUGACUAUGCAUUUGCAGCAAUUCAUUCCCUUGGCCUCGUAUCACACAGACGAAGAAUGAUGGCCUUUCUUUCUGCUACGUGUUAGCUGGUGUUUUCUUCUUGUUUUUUUUCUUUCUGUUCUUUAUUUAUACUACCUCUGUCUCAGAAUAUAAGCAUUCUAGCUAUGUACCAGGUUCAUUGCAUCUUCUAUGUACCUGGACAAGUACUUGAUACAUUAGAGAUGCUAUGAACCUGGACAUCUAGAAACAUAGCUAGGAAGGCUUAUAUUGUGGGAUGGAGGGAGCACAUUGUAUCCAUUUCUAAAUCAUGCUUUGUUUUGUCGGGCGAGACUGAUGUACGGAUGAUUCAGGUUCUGUACCAUGA